GGUGCUUCUCUUCCGUCGUUUGCACUUUUCUCUCUUCUUUUCUGGACAAAAGCAACUUUUUUUUAUUCUUUUUUUUUACGGAGGAAAGUUCUUCCAUCCCCCAGAUGCCGCAGACAACCCCUUUGCUUCGAUAUCGAGAGGGCCAGCGAGAGCAGUGAUGGGCCCCUGAGAUGUCGACACCUACCAGACAGAGGUCCCUGCGAGAGAGAAUCCAGUCCGCUUCGAGGGGAAUCGGCAUCUCCUGGCAGGGGAAGAAGUCGAAGAGUUAUCACAGUAAGGAAUCUCUGGCAGAAGCUCAGUCGAGUGAGGGAGACCAAGAAGCCAAAAAUGAAGAGCCAAGUGCGGCCUUCAAAGCGGAACCGAGCAGAGUCCCGGAUGCUGGCGCGGCCACCGAGGAAGGUGUUUCCAGUCAGGAAAAGAAGCCUCUUGGGCGCACUCUUACGCAACCAGCGGGCACGGAACAGUACAAGGUGCAGGCCUCAGAUACGUUGGCCGGAAUCGCCGCCCGGUUCGAUACCACACCAUCCGAACUGGCCAAGCUCAACAGACUUGCGGCCAGAAUGGUGUUUCCAGGCCAACUUCUUUAUGUUCCGGAGAAAAAGAACAAAGAAACAGAGACAGGGGAUGAUCAGGAAUCAUCUGACACUCUUUUACCACCUCAGGAUGACCAGGAGAGGAGGCCGAGUGUCACGGAUGCCCUGCGCAUUCCCUACAGACGUGCCAGCGAGAGAGCGCACAGAUUCCUGAAAGUCAAGGCGCGACAUUUCACGGAUGGGCAGGGUGUCGUGUCUGGAGUCCUCAUCAUCACUCCCAAUGCCGUAAUGUUCGAUCCCAAUGUAUCCGACCCCCUGGUUAUUGAGCACGGUGUGGAGAGCUAUGGCGUCAUUGCACCCCUCGACAUGCUCAUGAGAGUUGCCAUCUAUUUCGACAUCGCCCAUAUGAAAGUGCAACACGCUGCUCAAGAUGCCGAAGCCAGGCCCAAAGUAGACGUAUACUAUGGUAAAAUGAUCGACGUUGAAGACACAUCUGCUGAUGAAGAGAACGAUACAGUUCCCCCAUUACAUGCGAAGGCCCCUUCCAUAGAGAUCGAUUCCACAGCAGAAAAAAAGCUUCCCGAGACACCUCCUGCUUCAGAAGAAGACAUUUCUCAGACCACCCCAGAACCCAUAGUUCCUGAACCCGCUCCUCUUACUGAAAUCAUUCCUCCGCAGAAAGAUACUCCUCCUCCUGAAAGCCAGUCACUUACUAAAGAAAUAGUGACUAAAGAUAUUGGAAAGCCUCCACCAGGAGAUUCAGUAGACAGUUUCGAUGAAGAAGUGAGCAAUGCUUUCGCUGCCUCGGAAACUCAGGCGAGUGGACAAGAGGUUCCCGCCGAGAGUCGUCGCGAGCGUAUGCUGAAACGCCUCUCCUACCCCAUGGAGUCCAUCACUUCCAUCUCACGCAUUUUGACCUCCUCGCCCAAGUCGUUCGUGGACUUCUCAGGGUCCUUAUUCUCCGGAGGGCGAGGGUCCGAGGAGGAGGAGCUCAAGGAGCAGGAAGAGGGGCAGCAGCCGGAAGCUGCGGCGGACACUGGAGUUGGGUACCAAAACCUCGUCGAGGAGAAACCAGAGAUCUUCGAGGCCCUAGACAAGUUGCUGAGCAAGCAAAAAAAAGAGGAGGUGGAAGGCCCACCCCUUUACCUGUGCCUGCGGAUGGGGAUCCCGAAAGAAAGGAAACCCCAUCCCUCGCCCGUGCUUUCUUACGGAAAGAAGCGGGCUCGAUCCGAGUACUGGUUCUCUAUACUCAGGAGCAGAGUGGAAGACGUUUAUAACUUCCUACAGCAAUGGAUCCCCCACUUGUAUGGCGACGUGGACGACGUCGAUCCGGACGAGGCCGGGUUCAUACCCAUAGACGAUUCCUUGCCGGACGAGGAGGAAGAAGAAAAGAAGGAGGGGGAGGAUGGAGAAGGGGAAGGAGGAGAAAAAGAGGCACCUCGUUCGUUCCUUAAACUGGUGGAGGAGCACUUUGGUUUCAAGAGUAUUAGUCCCGGAGACUGGGAGGUUCUAUCUUUGGGCGAGAUGGAGAAAAUCAACUAUUCGGAAUUGGAGCUUCCUCUUCCAGAUCUCCUAUCACCUUCAGAAAUCUUGCAAGAAGAACACAUUAAAGAGCUCUACACCUUACUGCCCGCCCGGGCGGUGGGAUUUCCCUGGACGCGCAUCUAUUCGACGUCCACCGACGGCUUCCUCCUCAAGACCCUGUACAGAAAGAUGACCGACUUCGACUGCCCCGUCAUCCUCAUCAUGCAGGACACGGAGAAUGCAAUAUUCGGUGCCCUGCUGUCCGAACCCCUCAAACAAAGCGACGGUUUUUAUGGAACGGGGGAGACCUUUCUCUUUACCUUCCACCCGUCCUUCAAGGUAUUCAAAUGGACUGGAGCUAACAACUUCUUCAUAAACGGAAGACACGAUUGCUUUUCAAUUGGAGUUUCAGAGGGUCAUUUCGGUCUAUGGAUUGAUUGCGACCUCUACCGGGGAACCAGCGAACAAUGCCAGACCUUCAACAACGACACGUUGGCGUCCUCGAGAGACUUCCAUAUCAAAACCCUCGAAGCCUGGGGAUUCGUCUAGAAGUAGAUCUAGUCACUGCUGUGUGUCUCCUAGUUGGUAGUUCCGCCACCGCCGCAUAGACCCACCCCUUUCGGCCGGUGCUUCAGGACCCCCCUUUGCUCGAGCUCGUGCCCGACUGCUCGAAGACCAAUCUUCUCGAAGCGCCGGCCUUUGUUCUGCCCCACACCCACCCAGCGCGGAAGGUUUCGAACCGCAACUAUUACAUUACUAGCUCUAGACGGCGUCGCCAAGAAAAAGAAACGAGACAUUCCACGCAUUCGGGGAUCGCCUGUUUCGAAGACCGGAAGAGGCAGUCUCCCAAUCGGAAGGUGUCGAUGCAGAAGAGCGCAGUGUAUCUAGUCGUCUGUAUGCUGUAGUCAAGCUGGGGGGAGGGAAGAAGGAAGAAAACUAACAAAAACUGUUAGAGAACUUUUUAGUUGUUUAAUGUUUAAAAGAAGUUUAGCCUUUGUUCCUCGUUGUGUUCAUAAAGAAAAAAAAAAAAACAUUUUAGUUUUGCUACCACAAUUGGACGUCGAAAAGAAAAGUGAUAUAAAAGAGAGAAAGAGAGAAACCUCCAAGUACAACUGACAAAGCGAAUUCAGAAAAUUUAUUGAGCAUUCUCUUUCCACCGCUCUCUCCACGCUGUUCAGAAUCCUAGUUGCGCGAGAUGUAGAAAAAUGCAUCAAGAACAGUUAUCAACACCAAGUGCUUCAGCAGAAAUACUUGUACGGAUGCGGGAACUUUAUAGAAAACCUUGUUAGUUGCGGCAGUGAUGCAUGAGUGUUAAGAAUAUUUCAUUUGGCUUUGUUAUACUUACGUCUUUUCAAUGCUUUGUAAUGCAUGGAAUGGUUCCUCACUCAUUUCCCAUGUAGAGCAAAACCGUGGAGAGGGUUGUGUAUAAUUACUGCUCGAGACGCUGUCGACCUGCUAUUUGUCCAGGGUCGGCACAAGAAUCGUCUUCCAAUCAGAGUUUAGACUCGACGGCGACGCCCCUCAACUCACCGGGUGACCUUCCACUGGAAGUUUUCUUUUAUUUUUUAAACGAAGGGAAAAAAAAUUCUCCGCGACACGCUCAAACCGUCUCCCUCCUAAAGGGAUGGACCAUCUUAGAAUAUCCGCCCUUUAUUCGGGCUCUACUUUUUUACUCUUUUGAGAUGAACGUUUUUAUUCAGAUCUUCAACUCCUCUCUCUAAUCUACAUAGAUAGAUGAUUUUAUAUCGAAAUAUAUUUAAUACGUAUUAAAUCAUUGUAUUAGUUCGGAGUCACAGCUUUUAGAAAUUUUUGUUCCUUUUAUUGCGAAUUUUUUUAAAAAUAAUAAUAAAAAAAGAACCAGCAAAGCUGUAUGAAAUAGUAUUUUUAGAUAAGAAUUGUAUUUAAGGCGUGGAAAAAACCUCUCGAAUUAGAAUUUGGCACUUUUUCGCUAGAUUUUACAAAUAUUUUUUUAUUAGUGUUUUUCGCGUUUUUCUUUUGUUUACCUCUUUGAUUAGUUUCUUUCUUGAGUGCCGAACUAAAAAAAAUGAAUAAAUCAUCUCCCAAAAAAAAAAGCCAUUGCAAUCUACAAUCUAACUGAAACUUAUCAAAUUCUUGUAUAUCAAACUUUCUACGAUUCCUAAACAGUUUCAUCUCUCUUUAUCAUCAGCCUUUUAUUUCGAUAAAAGGUUCUUCACUGUUUUAGAGUUGGCUGCCCGGGGAGACCCCUCCUCUCGAAGACAUCGAGUGGAAGGUCACCCUUCGCUACAAAAUGAAAAUCAUUUUUAUUCCCACUACUUAUUUUUGUACGUCUUCCCUUCAAACAACUAGAAGGCCACCUCGACUCCCCUUCACCACCUCCAUCGACUUGAAGUAGAUGCGCUAUCGAUGUUUUACAAGCUGUAGGCAGGCUGCCGCCUUGCUUUCUGCCCCCCUCGAAUCUCGUCCUCCGCAACGUCUCUACACAAAACCGCGAGAACACAACUGCAAAUAGGAGCUUCCUGGCCACCUUAUUACAAUCUACAAUGGCCACCUUCGCUUCAAAGGAGAUUACCACCUUGCGGAGGCUGGAAAUUUAAUAAAGGUAAUCGAAUAAUUGGAGCCGGUACAACGCUGGUGCUCAUUUCAAGCGUUUGUAAUCCUUCGACAUCGUCACCAAAGUUGUGUGCAGCUUUUUUUCUCUCCAGAAAUGUGCAAGGCAUAGAAUGCCUGAAGUAUUUCCAUUACUGCUAUGAUGAAGCGAUCUAUGGCUUUAACAAUUUCUGGAAGUAGUCCCUUACUUAGAAUCCAAUCAUGAUGGCAAGAGGGUAAGAUCAUAAUCCUCAUGGGGAAGAGAAAACAUUUGAGCUCCAAAAGACAAAAAAAAAAAAAAAAAAAAAAAACAUAGGUUGCUACUGAAUGAUUUAAGGGAUUCUUGAUUCUAAGAGCCACGGCUUCAGAGCCAUCAGCAGAAUUGGUAUUGUUUCAUGUAUUCUACGUCUUCCACAUAACUAGAAGCAAGCUGUACAUAACACUAGUGGCGAUAUAGAAGAAUAACAAACAUUUCAACUAGCACUUUUGGGUCGGCUCUAAUUAUAUUGAAACAAAUAUUAAAUUUUCAACCUUCGUGUUUUUAAUCCCUCAAAGAAAAUCUUGUGUCAGUACCCCCUUUUUUUUAAUUAUUACCCUUAUAUGCUACAGUAAGCAUUGCAUUUAUAAGUUAUAUUUUAGUCGUUCUACUAGGCUCACAUUAUUUCUCAUUUUUUUUUAUUAUAUUACAAUAAUAGUUAUUGUUUGAAGUUCCCUGAAGUAUUAAUACUUUUCAUUUUCUGAAUCUUAUCAUAAAAAGCCUUCUAAUGUGUAAUACCUCGCUUUUAAGUCAGUUUAAUGUUACCACAAUAAAUGCUACUGUCUUAGGUUAAUUGUUUAGUUGCCGUAACCCGUAAUGUUACCGCAAGGAUAGUCAUUUUUUUGAUGUCCUCGUUCUAAAUAUUAUUUUUACAAUUUCACAAGAAGGAAGUUAAUUUUUCCCCUUCGUUUUUGUGUCGUCCUUUGAUUAUCACUACUGCAAUAUAAACUUCGUUGCCUUCGGUUCUUAACUGACUAAUAGAAUAAUGAGCAAUAUUUACAGAUGCUUUAUUUUAUUAGAUCCAUCCUGGACAUAGAGAGUAAUAGCCAAUAAAUAAACCGAAGAAAGGUUUCACUGUAUUGCUAAAAGUUAAAGAAAAGAAGAAAAAUAACACAAAUUGCAAAUUUUAGAACAAUUAAUAGAUUUGUUAGCGGAAUAAAUUCCGAUCUUGCAUAAUUUGUGUUUCAUCAAACUCUGUUUUGAUGUUUGGAAAAACUGAAGGCAUUAACUAAGUUAAAAUAUAUGUAAGCUGAUAAAGAAAUCAAUGUAUCUGUGUUGAGUCAGUAAUCAAUAAUGGAUGGAACAUAUGUUCUUAAUUGAAGCUUCUAUUUUUUAAGCCAGCCAAGAUAAAUAUUUUGACAAUAUUGACUGUUGUUCGCAUCAUGAUUACAUCCGAUACCAUAUCACUCCAUUGUCAUUUUACUAGGAAAAAAAACCUGUAGUAAUUAUCCUCUCUGGAACCGAUCGUGACGUAGUAGGAUUAUUUUUUUACUGGAUGACACUCUUAUCCAAUAAAACAUAUCUAAUAUCUUAUGGAAUAUUACAUAGGUUUUAUUGACUCUCUUACCUCUCGGUUUUAAUUACAUACUGAUGAUCGCGAAAAUGGUACAGUAGCUGAAAACUGUUUUGGAGGGAAUAAAGAUGCAAUUACGACAACAAAAUUUGUCACUAAUGUAAUAAAAUCAAGGAAGGCUCGAUGUGUGAAUUCGAAUAAGGAGAAGGCCAUUUUAAAUAGUGGAAUUUCAUAAUAGGCAUUUGACUAUUGUAACAUAACUGCAAACCUAAUGUUUUAGUUUCGUCUGACCUCAAUUCUUAAUUUUAUUCGCUACAAAAAUAAUUCAAAUAGAAAUAAAAAUCAAAUUGUCUUCUUCAAUGAGGAAACUCGUUUCUUUUAUCCGAAUUUUAUUGAAAAAAAAAAAUUGCUGCCUACAAUGCAGGAUGUCUAUAUUAGAUUUAAAAAUUAUGAACAAGUAUAUACUGAAGGCAUUUUUUUUUCCUUAAACAAGUUCUGGGGGAAAUUCUAAACACUUUAUGGAUACUUUCGAAUAUUUUCCUCCGAAUAUAAUCUAAGGAAUUAUAUAUAAUUCUUGCCUUUUUUGUUAUAAGCAUUUAAGAAAUAUCAUGUCCUAGUUUUAUAUAUAUAUUAUUUAUUAUUGUCUGAAACAUUUGGUAAGUACUGGCAUUAUUUAAAAAGCCAUUAAAAUUAAUUUGGUGUAGGAUUAAAGUAUCCAGAUAAAAAAAACCUUCAAGGCAGUAUUAAACAAUUUUCCUGAAGUUUCAACCUCAUUUCUGAAGAUAAUGCAUCAAUCGAUUGAGCACAUGAUUAAAUAUUGAACUGUCACUUGCUUUUGAAGAUAUGCCAGGUGCUUCAUAAAUCUAACCGAGAUUGUAGUUAAAAAAAAGUUUUACCGAAUGUUUAAAAAAAUUUCAUAUUGUUUCAAAGAAUGGCUACAAGUGAGGAAUAAUCUUUACUGACCUUGAGUGUACUCUUGAUUAUAUUAAUACUCCCAAAUUUAAAUUAAAAUCAAGCCUUCUCUAUACUCGUUCCUAUCUGCCACGAUUAGUGCUAGCGACAGUAUCUGUGAACCUUUUCGCUGUCGUCUAGCGAAUUCCUUAAUUUAUGAGCUUGUAAUAUUUCUCUAAAAAUAACACGAUUUUUUUUUUUUUUUUUUGCUGUAUUCGAAACAAUUUUCAACCACUGUAGCCUUCCAAGUUAUGAAACAUUCGGAAUUAUUUUAAAGAAUUUGCAGUGGUACAACACAUCAUGGACAUCCUGCUUUUUAAAAUCAUAAAUCUUAAAAUAGCCCGAAACUGUGUACAUCAAGCGAAUAAAGUGCAGAUCUUCGCCCCUCUUUCUUUCCUGUCUUUUUCUCCCCAACACGAAACUGUUUCUCAAUCAUUAGUCUCAGGUGGUUCCAGUUGCGGAGGUGAUUCGUGUGUGUGACGGGCGGCGGCCCCCUUCGCAUUUUGUAGAUAGAAUUCUAUUUUGUAGCCAUAUGAAUGUUGUAGUUUGAAGGACCAAAGGGUUGUCGACCUCAUGUCUGGUGCUCACUCGGAGUUAAAAGUUUAUUUUGUAGUUUAAAA